AUGGCUGAAGAUAGGCCAGAGCACGUAGCGAACGAUUGCUACGAGGCGCUCCUAGACCUCAAGAGCAUAUUUCCGACCUGGAGCGACACGCAAGGCAACUUCCACUAUCACUGGCGUGAAAUAUUCAUCGCAACAACCAAAGGAAACCCAAUUGAACAGGAUACAGUGAAAUUUUAUACGGAUGUCUUCAAGCCACUCAUCCAAACCAAGGACGAAGGGAUAGAGGCACAAGACGCACUGGAACUUGUUAAAAAACUUGAUAGUCGUAGAAAGGAACGAGAUACAUCCUUCCAAAACCACAAAUUAGAAGAAAUACUUAGCAAGGAUACCAACGCCAUCAGACCUAAACCACCAGUUAAGAAACAGGCAGCGCAAAGGAGACCAGCUGCAGAAGUCACUGUGGAUGUCGCUCCAGAAGGAGGACAUGUAUAUGGUACACGUACUCGAUCGAGAAGGUUACAAAGUCGUGAAUCCGAUGAGGGACAAGGAAGUAAACUUGAGUACAGCUCCUCAGGGUUUGGCACGCACCUUAAAAAGGGGUUCUUCUCCGACUACGUAUGGGACUUCCUGGUACCUACUGGCGAGGUAAGAUUCUGA